GAAACUCCGGAAAAGUUUCAACUGGACGACAGCUUGUCGUUUGCUAGCAUGUAGCUUUUUGUGAGCGUCCAUGGACCUACAAAUAACAACGAAUGUUAGCUGAUAAAAAAUAGUGUUGUCGUACUGGAACUGUUUGUUGAAAUGGAUAUAUUCAGGGAUGAGGAGUCGCAAGAGCUAAAAUACAAACCGGGGGGACGUUUGGAUAUGAGCCACGGCUUCCUGCACCAUAUCCGGAGGAACCAGAUUGCUCGGUGAGCCUCUGUGCUGUUAGCGAGCUGGAAGAUCUGAAAUAAUCAAUCACAAACUCUAGAUCAUCACAGCUUCAGUAUGAUCUCAGAGAGGCUUCUAUGGUAAACAAAGUGUCAUCAGUAGAACACAUAGAGACUCCUACAGUGGCUCUCUGGCCUUAUAGUGGUGUGGUUUGGGGUUCACAGGCCUGAUUAUUAAAGUUCAUCAUGAUUUACUUCAGUGGUUCUCAACUGGUCUCACUCUUGGACCCACAUUUAUAAAACUUUUAUUAAAUUAGAACCAAGCAAAUUAGACAUUAAAAACAAACAUUUAAAGACCUAAAUCUUUAACAUUAAUACACCCACUUUAUUGAGUAAAGUGCAUUACAGAGCACAUGAACUGAGGACAACUACUGAAGUUUCGUGUACAGAAAAUAUCAAACCGCACAAAAUGGAGACCAGCAAAAUAAAAAUAAAAACGACUUUUAUGCAUCUUUGCAUUCAGAGCAUAUUCAGAAGAACCUGGGGAGGACCAUGCAACAGCAUGGACAAAAGUUAAUAAAUACAAAAUAAAGACAAAAAACACACUGCAUUCAGGCCACAUUAAUAAGAUAACAAAUGCCUUUUGAAAUAAGCUAUUUUUCAAAAUAAGAGACAUGUCAAACAUUAGAUGCCCAUUAAAUAUUUACUUUUUUGACCUGCUGUUCGGAACCAUCCAUAACAUGUCCGCGACCCACUUUUGGGUCGGGACCCACCAGUUGAGAACCACUGAUUUAGGGGGCUGAAGCAACUCUUAAGUCCACAUAAGAGGAGGGGGGCUCUGUUGGACAUGUUUGUUUCCGUCAGAGAGAACCUCAAUGGACUAAAAAAUACACACAUUGCACCUUUAAUUAAGCUCUGCGAUUUUUCCUCCCUACCAAUAUUGGUUGAAUACUUUGUCUUAUAUGGGGGAUUUAGGUGUUGUUAGCAUUGUUAGUUGUUAGCAAGCAUUAAUGAUAAUAAUAAUAUAAUAAUACAUUUAUUUUUAUAGCACUUUUUAAAAAUAGAAGUUUACAAAGUGCUUUGACAAACAGUAACAAUAAAAUCAACAAAAGGCCUAAAUGGUUAAAUAGAAAGGAUUAUAAGUAAAACAAAAGCUUAAAAGACAGUAAGUUAGUAAUAAUAACAACAACAGUACCUUAGAGCUAUGAUUGUUAUGAUUCAGUACUUUAAGAAACUGAAGCAUGGUUUUUGGGCAUUGAGUUUUCAAACAGAUAACAUUUUGAUAUUUUUCAGAGACGACUACGAUAAGGAGGUGAAGCAAGCCAAAGAGCUUCAGCGAAGGAGACACACCACAACCCCGAGACGACCCCGCCGUCCUGACAUCCAAGUGUACAACCCCAGACGCAGACGUAAGUUUGUUUUGCUUUGUUGUGUUUUAGACCGCACUUGUUAAACAGCGAAGAGAGUGAGUGUAUUCAUUCUGUUUUUCUAGAUGGAUCUGAGCCAGGUGCUAGCGCUGAGGCUGAAGAGUGGAAUGAAAGUGGGUCAAGCACAGAGACUGAAACUCAUGGAACCGAGCUCUUCUGGCUUGACUAUCAGGCAGAUUCUGGGACCAUCACUUCCUUUCUUGUGCACAAGGUUAGUGUCCAGCCCAGUCGAUACACUGAUGAUUAUUUCUUGUGCUUUGAUGCAUUAAACUUUUAGAGUCUUUUAGAAUAGGUUUUAAGGUUGCUUUUUGGUUUUUAAAGCUCUUAAUGGUCUUCAGGAAGUUCUCUGUUAACAUUACCUGAAGUUAAAUCCAAGACAUACAGUGAGGCAUCUUUUUAUUACUACAGCCCCCCUAUAUGGAACAGCUUACAUGAGGACCUAAGGACUGCACCUAAUCUUAAUGAUUUUAAAACCAAACUGAAACGUACUUUUUUUUUUUGUAAACGUACUUUACAUUAUGACUGUGCCUAAUUUCUAAAAAUGGACAUAAUCAGCAGGUCACAUUGUUGAAUGAACCUGGUGAUAUUUGUCCAUAGACACAUAUAGACACAUGGACUUGCAUUUUUAUACUGUUUCUGUUGCAUUUAGAUCAUGGGGUGGUAAUAAGGGGUUGAUUUGGGUAUUCUUUGUUCUUUUUAUUCCUUUUUCUGUGUAAAGCCCUUUGUUCUACAUGGUUGUGUAUGAAAAACGCUGUUAAAAUAAAGACUGAUUGAUUGAUUGAUUGAUUGAGCUUCAUAAUUUACUGCUCCUCUCUCACUUUCUAAAGGAGGACAAGCCUGCGAAGGUGGUGGAACUCGUUGCAGAGAAGAACAUACUCGAUGCAGCCAUGAGGGCGGCACUUGAGACUCGAAUACGAAAAGAGAUCGACAAAAGACGAGACAAACGCUGAUGGGAAUCCUGCAGGCACUCAAAGGGACUACAGCUAAUCGAGGGCAAUACUUCUCUCAGAGUUUAUUGCUUCUGUAAAUCACUGACAUAGUGUUGAAUGCAUAACUGAGGACUCUGGGAUCAUUUCAUGACUGUCAUGGUGGAGAUCUGUUUUAGAUGACCCCAAAAUACGAAAACGGUUGUCCGAUGUUAGAGGAGGAAAGUGGAACAUAGGGUCGAGUCCGUCAGAUAAUGAUAACUGUGUAAAAUAUUUCUGUUACCUCAUAUUCUGAGUCGUCAUCGUACACCUUCAAGUUGUUUUUUCAGUUGUUGCUUUGACAGUCAAAUUCAUGAGGAGUAGUUUUUCUGUUGCUCAUCCUUCUCAGUUAUGAAGCGGCCCCUUUGUUUCCCGUGUUUACAAAGUCCUACUCUUCAUAAAUAUCAUUUCUUUUGUAUCCUUUUUUUUUUUUUACAAUAUGCUGUGAACAAAACAUCAGUGGAUUAGCAAUCUAACAAUGAAGAAAUGUGAGAAGAAUUGGUUUUUUUUAUGUUUAGAAAAUGUUGCCAUAGUCAUGAGGUUUUUGUCAUUUUUCAUUGUUUUGAGUUUUUGAGUUUCUUAUUUAUUAUGAGAUGUUUAGAAAAUUUAUAUUUUUGAUACUGUAAUGUUUUUUUGAGGGCACAAAAUUUUCAUAUAAAAUCAAAUACACAUAAA